AUGAGAGCAUUUAAUGAUGAUUUAGCAUCUAUUCCAUAUAAUGAAAGUCAACAUGCAAAAGAUUAUGAGAGUUAUUACCAUUCGCAUAUCCAUAUGUUACACUACAUUCCAUUAAAAACAUCAAAUGAUCAAGUAAUCAGGAACUUAAUACAAGAGUCAAUAGAACAAAUAUUUAAAAAUAAAUAUUAUGCUUACCAUAUGGAAUUUCAUGACAAGUCCCUAUAUGCUGUUGGAUGUGUUUUUUCAACAGGAACUCAAAAAAUAUGUGGAGUUGGAAUUCAAGAAUUUACUUACAGGUUGAAUAAGCUUGAAAAAAUGGAAUUACAAAAUUUCUUAGAUGAAUUUUCAUAA